AUAAAUAUAAAUAAAAUGAGAAUAUAAAUUGGAGUGAGCACGUGGGAAGAACUCAACAGAAGAGCCUCUGCCAAUUUCAACCGUUGGAAGCCUACCCUUCCCGCUGACCCAUCCAUAGCACAACAAACCAUGUACCUUUAGCAGUAGUUAUUGUACCUCGAUGGAUCUCCUCCGGUGCUCCGCCGUCCGUUUGCCUAAUGCUCGUCUCCGACGUUCGCCACUUCGCCCAUGCUUCGCCGCCGUGAGGUCGAGUUUGAGCCUCCCAUUCCCUGAGCAGAAAGCAAAAUACUAUAGAGAGCUUGAAGCUGCCGUUGAUGUUGUCGAGCGAGCUUGCCGUCUUUGCAUUGAUGUGAAGAGCUCAUUGUUCUCCAAUGAUGAUAGGAUUCUUGAGAAAAAUGACCAAACCCCAGUCACUAUUGCAGAUUUCGGCGUGCAGGCUUUGGUUAGCUUGGAGAUGAACAGACUCUUCCCUUCCAUUCCUUUGGUGGCUGAAGAGGAUUCAUCAUUCUUGCGGUCAACUAAUCUAGUCGGAUCAGUGGUUGAUGUGGUUGUGAAUAAAGCAACUCUCAGAGACGAAGUAACAGAAGAUAGUGUCUUGAAAGCAAUUGACAGAGGGGGAAAGGAUGCCUGUACUUUUGGGCCAAAGCCAGCCACAUACUGGGUACUAGAUCCUAUUGAUGGGACACGAGGGUUUGUUAAAGGUGUUGAAGCUCUCUAUGUGGUGGCUUUGGCUCUUGUGGUUGAAGGACAGAUUGUCUUGGGAGUUAUGGGGUGCCCUAACUGGGAUGAAGACUAUUUUGUUAAUCGUGCCACCGGGGUCCAAGAAACUGGAAGCAAUUUCUCCAGAUCAGGGAUGAUCAUGGUUUCUCAUUUGGGUUGUGGAACAUGGAAACAAAGGUUGUCAGACAUGUUAACCAUCAAGUUGCCUCAAAGUUGGACAAGAUGCUAUGUCGAUGGGUGCCAAGUACUUAAGGAGGCACGUUUUUGUACUCCAGAAAGUCAAAAAUGGGAAUCUUUGCCUCUAUCAUCCUCAUUUAAUGCGAAAACAAACUCUGAUGAAAUAGGGAAAGGGGACAUCCUUCUUGUGCCUGCAUGCUGUGGAAGUUUGUGCAAAUAUAUGAUGGUGGCUUCUGGUAGAGCAUCAGUUUUUCUUCUUCGUGCAACAACCAGAAAAGUUAUGAAGAAAAUCUCUGGCUAUGCCCCUGCUUGGGACCAUGCUGUUGGAAUCAUAUGUGUUCAUGAAGCUGGGGGAAAGGUGACUGACUGGGAAGGAAGUUCAAUUGAUUUUGCAGCAGAUCAAAUUGCACGGAGAACUAUAUUUCCUUCUGGUGGUUUUCUCGUGACAAAUCAUAGCUUACAUAACGAGAUACUUGGAUUGAUCUCCUCCAACUCACCAGUUAUUUGAUGGAAUUCAGCAUUCUUGUCAUUCAUAGCAGACAAGCGAGCUGGUCUGACUAAUCUCUUCCAAUCCAUCAAAUUGAUUGACUGCACUAGGCAUUCUUGUGACAAAUUAUACCUAAGUAUUAAUCAUUGUCAGUAUAUUGGCUUUGUUUAUUAGCAUACUUGCAUUCUUUGGGCCUCAAGUGGCACUUCAACAUAAAAUCCUUCAAGCAGUGAAUCUUCAUAAAGAAUGAUUCACUUAUUACUGUACACUGAAUAGGUAACACUGCCGAAGUGCAUUGUCACUAAUUCUUUCAUCAGAAGCUGUUGCAACACAAGGAAUGUUGCUCGUUUAUUGUUUUUA